AUGAGUUACACCGUCGAUGAAACGUUGGGUGCAGAGGAAAGGGUGCUCUAUUUAGGGACGGUUCUGGAGGGAGAACGGGCCGCUGAAACUGCCCAGAAGAAUGCAGAGGACUGGGAGCAUGAUACCAAUGUCAGCGACAUGACUGGUGUCGACAAUAACUAUACGACUAUUGUCGAUGAUUAUGAUAAAACUAUCAUCGAUAAUGCCGAUGCGGCUGGUAUCAAUUUUAACUUUGCGACCGGUGCCGAUUUGGCUGAUUUCAAUUUUGAUAUCGAUAUUGCCGGCGACACAAUUUGUGGGGAUGAUAAGAAUCAUCAGCUUUGUGCCGACGUCCAGAGCCAUCAGCCUGUGAUCAAUACCACAUGGUCUGUCACUGAUACGGAGUCCGUUCAGUCUGGCAAUGAUAUGGAGUCCGUUCAGCCUGGCACUGAAACGGAGCUCCUUCCUGGCACUGAUACGGAGUGCCUUCAGUCUGGCAAUGAUACGGAGUCCGUUCAGCCUGGCACUGAUACGGAGUGCCUUCAGCCUGGCACUGAUACGGAGUGCCUUCAGCCUGGCACCGCGGGAACAGACUUCCAGCAUACGGAGCAAGCGGCACCCAGACAAGAGCAGAGGCGGCAAGUAUCGGAGGAGCAACGCCUGAGAGACCUCAAAAAAGGACAGGCGAAGCAGACGGAAAGGCUGCAGUGGUGUAGGCUGCUACGCCAACAUCAGCAGCAGCAGCAGUUGCAGCAGCAGUGGCAGCAGUGGCAGUGGCAGCAACAGCAGCAGCAGCAGUGGCAGCAAAGCCAACAACAAGAGCAACCCGUACCAUCGGGUAGCCAAAUGUACCAGGCGGCAGCCCCCCAAUUCAACCCGCAGCAGCUCAGCCAUCCACAGCUGGCGGCGUACCAGCCCUUCUAUCCCCAACAGUCUCAGGGGCUUCCCGAGCCGUGUUUCCAACAGUUCCAGGGCCAGGCUAGCCGGACUUAUCAAGAACAGCAAGGGCAGCAAGGAGAGUACCAGGGGUUUCCUCAGCAUCACUUUCAACAGUUCCAGGGCCAACCGGGCUGUAUGGCGUCCAAUACGGAGGACUUACCUCCCUACCAGGAGAAGCAGCCUAUAAAAGAAACAACGCAGCCUAGUGCCUCUGCCACCAACCAUAUUAUCAACCGUAUUGCUGGUACCAUACAAACAGGCUCCAUCCGGGACUUUCAAGUCGACUACCUUACACUUAUCCGUGAUUCAGCUACAAGCUACCAUGUCUCUCUUACAGUCGAUCCCACGCCUCUGUAUCAUAUCAAACUCAUAUCCUCAUUCUCUAAAGUUGGCAAUAUUCAAAUCUUCUCCGCAUCUGAUAGUACACUUCCUAUUGCCGCCGCGCGCCUUUCAGCUGAUCCUACAAACAAAAGGGAGCCUCUAGCCACAAUAUGCACUUGCUCUCCGACUCAACCUAACGCGCUCUGGGUCCCAAUGACUGCACCAAGGAUGCUUUCAUUCGACUACAAGGUUAACCUACCAAUCGUUACAGUACCUGGUAGACCAGCGGCACCUCACCUGUUCAAGUGGUAUUCGGCCCCGGACGAGCCAAAGUUUGACCUGCGGUGGGCAGGGGCACUUCCAAUAGUGCUAGAUAUACGGUACCAUGAGAACAACUACGAUUCGCAGUUCAUGUUUGCAACAGUAGUAAGGAAAACUGCUGGUGGGGAGGAUACCAUUGUGGAGAUUAGGAGGUGGGGGGGUAUAGAGUUUGAGUUGGGCGUGAUCUUGGGGUUAUUUGUGGUUGCACAUGCUAAGAAGAUAGAGUUGCUUUAA